AUGGCUCUGAUACACGCAAGCAUGGAGUACAAAAACGAAGGCCACAGUGGAGUUAAUCAACUGGGCGGUAUAUUCGUUGGUGGUAGACCUUUGCCCGAUUCCACACGCCAACGCAUCGUAGAGUUGGCACACGCCGGCGCCAGACCUUGUGAUAUCUCUCGAAUCCUCCAGGUGUCCAAUGGAUGCGUCAGCAAGAUCCUCGGACGGUACUACGAAACCGGCAGCAUCCGGCCAAGGGCAAUCGGAGGCUCAAAACCGCGAGUUGCAACUCCCGAGGUGGUCAACAAGAUCUCACAAUUCAAGAACAACUGCCCCAACAUCUUCGCAUGGGAGAUUCGAGACAAGCUCCUCAACGAGCGAAUCUGUACUCCGGAGAAUAUACCGAGCGUGUCCUCAAUCAAUCGGGUCCUGCGAAAUCUGGCCGCCCAGAAGGAGUUCAGUAAGAAGCCGCACGCGUCGGACGCGCCAAGUGAUGACGUCGGUGUCUACCUGCAAGGGAAGUCGCUCAAUGAUGCAUCCUUCAUACACUACAAGUACGGAGAUAGCUGCCGCGCGUCGAUGCAGAGCUCGGAAUCGGUGUUGCGCAUCAAUGACUCGUACAGCCGAGGCGGUGGAGCAAAUAGUGGUGGAGGAAAUAGUGGAGGAGGUAGUGGUGGUGGUGGAGCGGCAGCGGGUGGUGCCUCCGAGUCAGACGUCAAGCCAAUCCAGGACGACGGAAAGAACAACCCAUUCGCAAAGCACUGCUUCACGAACCUCGACGCAGCAGGAGUAGGGGUGGGGACUGGCCCCGGGGUGGUGGGUGGUCCUGGUCCAGGGAAGCAAGGCUUCGUGGACAGUGACACCGAGAGGUUGAGCUUGAAGCGCAAAUUACAACGUAACAGAACGUCCUUCACCGUCGAUCAGAUAGAGUUCCUCGAGAAGGAGUUCGAAAGGACCCACUACCCAGACGUAUUCUCUCGUGAGCGGUUGUCUUCCAAAACUAACCUUCCAGAGGCCAGGAUCCAGGUGUGGUUCUCGAAUCGACGCGCAAAAUGGCGCAGAGAAGAAAAGCAGCGCUCCCAAGCGGUGUCCGAAGGAAGCUCAUCAUCAGCAGCAGCGGCAGCGGCGGCGGCGGCGGCUGCUGCAGCAGCAGCAGCAGCUGUUGCCGUACAGAACGCCUCCAUCUCAUCCUGCUCUCUCAACCUAUCCGCACCCCUCGUCUCGCACGUGUACGACUCCAACAUGUGCGUGGAGGACUCCAACAGCAACUACCUGAGCAAGACAUACCCACUCGAGCCAUCCUUCCAGAAUCUAGACGCGCUCAAGUCCCAAACUGGCGGCCACCCUGGACCCGCACCCCAGCAACUCUCCCCAGCCGCUAUGUCCUUCAAGCUAUCCUUCCCUAACACCGCCGGCGGCGGUUCUAGCGCUGGUGGCGGUGUCGGCGGCGGCGUUGGAGGCCCAACCGGUGGCACCGGUGGCGGCGUCGGUACACCAGACGGUUCCUCCGGUAACCUGAUGGGGUCGGUUUCGUCGCUCGGUGGCAACACCGGUUUCCCGCAUGCAUCUACCUCAGACGACAAGUCGCUGUACAACCACUUCGCCUACUCGGCCGCCGCCAACAUGCACCACAGCUACUCGGCCGCAGCUGCCGCCGCCGUCGACCAGUCGUACAACGGGAUGUACCUGAAGAACCAGCUGUACAACCUGCCGGCCAAUGCCGGUGUUCUCAGCUUCCAGUCCACGCUCGAGUGGAACAAGAGUUAAUGGCACGGGGCCGGCCUUGAGUCGGCUCCGGCGACCAGUGGUGAGCGGUUCCAGUAGCCUGGGACGUGUUCAACUGCUGCUAUGAUGCAGAUAUGACACAGGGUGUCGGUUCGAUGGUGCAUCCCGGGUUAGUCGGGGAUAAGGUGGACGAGCGUAGCGGAGGAGGUGUUACUUAAACAAAUGGAUAUAUCAGUUAAACAGAUGCAUUUCCUUCAUAUAGUAUCGAAACGGUGAUUUGCUAGCACACAAACAAAGCUCGAUCGGUAGGCGGACGUGACGUGACGGUUGUUCUCGUAUUUGAAAUAUAAGGUAUUUUUUAUAAAAAAAAACUGUCACCAUUUAACGGUGGAAGGAACGGAAGGAAUGUUAGGGAAGCGACGACUUACAAAUACUCACAUGCGCGAAUACUUUACUAGGUGAAAAUAGGCGGACGGAGGGAUCCUGGUCCCUACCCACAACAAGCAAACUAUUCAAUAACUUCAACGGAAUGUACAAUAAAUAGUGAAAUCUUAUAACUAUUCCUGGCGCCAGG